UGAUUAUGAGAUAUGCAUGGUUGAUUCAUCAAAGCUAUUAAUAAAGGAAGGCUUCAUUAAUUUAUGCCAAAAAUAUGGUUCAAUUAAAAAUAUUACUAUUCAUAAAACAGAUUAUGAAAAUCAAGCAUUUAUUCUUUUUGAAGACAACGAUGCUGCAUUCAAACUUUUAAAUGAGAAGUUAGAUUUUCCAUCUUUCAUAAAAGUGGAUAUUUCCAAUCGAACACAAAAGAUGAUAAAUUCAACAUUUAGAAAAGAAAAUGAAGAUGUUGAAAAAUAUGAUGAUGAUGACUAUCUAAACACAGUUAUUAAAGAAAGUGAAAAAAAUGAAAUUCAAUUUGGGCCUGAAUUUGAACUUAAUAAACUCGAUUUCUAUUAUCGUUUUGAAAAUUGUAUGGGUGGUGAAAUUAAAAUUGAAAAAAAGUUAAGUCCAAACAUGUUUACUGGUUUCACUACAUUUUUUAAUGAUGGUGAUAAUAUACAAGACAAGUUGAAAAUAAUUAGCAAUGAUAUUGAAUGCUCUGAUCUUCUUAAUAUAAAUGAUCUGAAAUAUGGAAUGUUAGUUGGUGCAUUUGAUAAUGCAACUAAUUUAUAUGGCCGUGGAUAUGUAACUUUGGUUGCUGGAAAUAGUGUUAAUGUUGCUUUGAGUGAUUAUGGUAGAGUAAUUAAUACAAUUAAAAUUAGAGUACUACCUGAAAAACAUACUAAGUUACCGGCUUAUUCAUUUAAAGUAUAUACCAAAGGUGACUAUGUUGCACAAUUAAAAAAUACAUCUUAUGUUUUUAAAGUACGCAGUGUAUGUCCUGAAAGAAUUGUUUUGAUUAUGUUUGAUGAAAAUAAAGAAAUUAAAGUACAAUURAAAAAAUGGCAGCCUACUAUUGAAGAAUCUGGUGUUUCGUAUAUUGACUUUAAGAAUAAUAGCUCGGUAGAAUUGCUUAAGUUAAAAGAUAUGAGUUCUGUAUGCAUUAGAUCAAAAGAAAAACAUCAUUUUGAAUUUUUUUUUUCAUCAUGGAACAAUUUAGCAGCUUAUUGUUAUAAAAAUCGUAAUGUUGAUUUAUUAAGGAUUGAAUUAGUUGAAAAAUCAGUUGUGAACUUGACAUUUGUUGAAUAUCAUGAUGGAGUAUUUUAUAUGAGAGAUAAAUUGUUUGGAAAGUCUUUUUCACUUUUAUCUGACAUGAUUAAAGAGUAUUGUAGCUUGAAUUUAAAUCCGUAUUUACCACAUAUUGAUGAAGUAUGCCUUGGCCAAUUUCCAGAUGGUAUGUGGUACAGAGUAAUAUGUGAUCAAUUGAAGCCUGGUGAAUCGGUUAAAGUACAUUCUGUAGAUUUAGGAAAUAUUGCAUAUUUAAACAAUAGAAACAUAAAAAGACUUCCAGAAGAACUAAUAUUUCACCCAACUCAUGUUUCUCUAUGUAUUUUAGAUUCUUCUGUUCAGAUAAAUGAAGAAAAGAUAAAAUUAUUACAAAAAUAUGAAAACACAGAUUKUGAAGUAACUAUUGUGAAAAGCUUAGGUGGUAAAAAUCAUUAUUUAUUCAACUGUCCAUUCAUUGAAAAUAUUCUUCAGUAACUUUUUAAA